CGACUCAGGCCGAAAAGAGAAGGAUAGAUAAUGUUUAUUUCUCUAUAUGGGGAGUGGUGUUCAGAUUAAGUAACCGAAAGCAUUAUCGGGUGUAUAGUUCGAGGAGAGACCUGAAUGCGCGUGCUCCAUGGUCCGGUCUAAACGGAGCGCACAGUUGUGUGUGUGAAAGUUGACCUGAGAGAGCUUGUGUGUGUGUGUGUGCGUGUGUGUCCAGAACUACACAAACCACCCUGCUCCUGUAAAUCAUAUUAAUGUCUGUGAAUUCCUGUCCUCUGGCGGACAAGAUGUGAGUGAAACAGAAAUCGAUAGGGGAGGAACCUCGUGGGAGCAGGCUUUAUACAAUCUGUUAACCCUCGCGCUGCUUCUGUCCCAUGCGGGGACAUGGUUGAAGGACGGGAACACGUUUUCCCCCUACUAUAUUAGGGUACUAACUUAUCAUUCUCAUCACUAUCGACCAAGAUCAGGAAAAGAGGAGAGAGGAACAUAAAAGUUUUCCAAAACGAGAGGACUGAGUGAACGGCAUAGGGCGAACGGGGCCAGGGCUCCUUACAGAUCCGGUGUAAAUAUGACGUCUCUGUUCGGUUCUGCUCGCGCUCUGAACGCUGUUCUGAUCAAAGACAACCCGGGAUAAUAGAAAAAUACUCCAGGGACCUCAACACACACAAACAAACACACACACACACACAACAGAGUGCGCGGCACAGAACAAGCCAUCCAACAUGACAGCGCGAGCAGCAGCGGAGGAGCUCACCACAGAAGGGCAACAGACCUCUUCAUCAGCAUGAGAUGAGGUCUAGAGACGUGUUAAUAAAGUUGUAUCGGUCAUUAAUUAAUCCACCCACACUUCUACGACCGCUCGGUCGGCACCUUCAGCGGAGGAGCACCAGAUAUAAGACAGCGCACGGUGCUGGGGACUACUGCACUUGUGAAAAGAAGACGCACGGUUGCACUCCUGUCAGGGGAAAGUUGUGCGCAGCACCGGAGCUGGGGGAUACCUAUUUGGAAACGGACAGACGACGCACUGCGAGGACAACAAGCUGUGUUGUGCGUAUUGGAGUGUGUCUGUGUGUCUAGUUGGAGUGCGUAUUGUAGUAAGGGAGUGUGUCUGUGUAGUUGAAGCGAUUAAAAAGGUGUUUAAUCCUGGAAAACGCAGCAGCGGAUCGGAUUGUGUUUCACCUGGAACCCGCGAGUCAACAACACAACUCAGGGUAGUGCAAGGUGACUCUGCGAGGGGAAGGCGUGCUCCCGGGGGUAGGAGCGAUGAGCGUGCUGCGUAUCCCCGUCCUACUGGCGUUGCUGGUCCUACUGCUGACUGCUGGCUUCUGCAAACAGAGCUUCCUGGACGGGAGCCCAGGGGUGAGCAAAGGGGCGCGCACGGACGGACACAACCUCAUGGAGCUCAUCAUGGACAAGGUGCGUCUGGCUCAGCAACAGGACCAGGUACACGAGCACUACCCCGCCAAAAAACAGGAGUUCACCUUGGAGACCAAGGAGAGGAAUGAAGUGAACAAGUCUCACCAUGGAGAACACAUCAUAGAGGUGUUCCCCAGAGACCUGAGACAGAAAGAAAAGUUCCUCAAACACCUAACAGGUCCUCUAUUCUUUAACCCAAGAUGUAGGAAACACUUCUAUAGACUAUACCACAACACCAGAGACUGUACCAUCCCUGCCUACUAUAAAAGGUGUGCCCGUCUUCUCACAAGACUGGCAGGCAGUCAGAGGUGUACAGAGAGGUAGAAUACCCUGAGCCCAUGAAAGAGAGAAGUGCCUUGAAAAGCAACAGGGAAUUGAGAUUGUUGGUUAUGUUCGCACCACAGACUGCCACUGUUUGCAGAGAGCACACACAAUACUCUACUCUACAUUCUAAAUGGUGCAAAUGAAGAGACUUGUUGGACAGAAGAAAAGACCUCCUCAUAGUUCUACUGCCAAAAACCAUGACGACACAACACGUGGAUACUAGUUUGGAUACUAGUUUACGACACUUGGAUUAUAUAUUUCAUACGACAUGCCACUCUCUGGAACUGCUUCAGUGGUCAUCGACAUGCCUUCACGUUUUAAUUAGAGUUUUUAAUCAUUUUGCUUUUUGGACUAUGGUUGGAGAUUGCACGGUGGUCUCUGAGCUGUGGUGGUUGUGUGUUGUGGGCAGUGGCAGUGGCUUCAGACUGAAAAAUAGACAGUAGUCUUGAUCUUCUCUUCAGCUACAUUCCACAAAAGGGAACUAAUCGAAUCCCUAAUGAAAUGGCUGAUUGAUCGCCUGGUGAUAAUCUAAUCCCUAAUGAAAUAACUGAUUGAUCGCCUGGUGAUAAUUUAAACCCUGAUGGAAUGACUCACUGGUAGCCUGGUGGUCUGCAACAGGACUCUCAUGCUACCUCAGCAGGUAUACUCUGCCCUACUGCAGAAAGUAAACUCUGACAUUUUGGACAUUACGGACACUGCAUGAAGACUAGUGUUGAAAAAUUCUGGUAAUUUUCCCCAAAUUCCCUUAGUUUUCCAGAAAUCCUGGUUGGAAGAUUGUUGGAAUCAAGCAGGAAAUCUGCGAUUCUUCCAAUCAGUUACAGGAAUUUUGCAACCCCAAUGAGGACCAAUCUGAAUUCACGGUCUAUUCUCUACUACUGGCUAAACCUACUGCAUGUGGCUCUGGUGCAAAGUAGAUCACUUGCUAGAGAAAAGGGUGUAAUUUGGGACUCAUCUCAGUUUGCAUCUUAGUCUCUGAAAUAAACCUAAAGAAGCGAACGUUCAUGGCCACCACAGCUCACACCUUGAUGGAGAAUCCAACUGUCUAAACAUGAAUGUGUCACGUCAUAUAUACAUAUAUAUUUAUAUAUUCAACCAAUUGUCUUUUUUUGCACAUUGUGUGAAUAGUUACCUUCUAGUGUGUACUAUGUAAAUAUUGUAAAUACUAAAUAUCAUAAAGUGAAUCCACCAAUUUGUAAGUCGCUCUGGAUAAGAGCGUCUGCUAAAUGACUUAAAUGUAAAUGUAAAUGUAAGUAUAUAUACAGUGCCAGUCAAAAGUUUUGACACGCCUACUCAUUCAAGGGUUUUUUGCUAUUUUUUGCUAUUUUUUUCAUUGAACAAUAAUAGUGAAGACAUCAAAACUAUG